CUGUUGUGGCAGCUGAGACCAAAUGAUGUUGAGAUCCAGCUUUUGGCACAUACCAGGAAUCUCCUCCUCUCCUUAGAAGAAGCUACUGGUGUUUUUCCUGGUUUCACUCAAAAUGGAGGUCUCUUCAUUGCUUCUGGGAAGGCCAGUGUCUUGAAUUCUGAUGUGUACUACUUGUUGAACUUUAUACCUGUAUCCUGCAACACUAGGAAUGUUGCAGGAGGGAACUAUAAAUGGAUUGUAAUUAGUAACUGCUGUCUUUCACAGGAAAGACUGGAGGAAUACAAACGCUUGAAGACCAUUGGUCAUGCCUUUGGGGUGGAGUCCUAUGUUUUGUCCCCUGAGGAAACCAAGAAACUUUACCCACUCAUGAAUGUAGAUGAUCUAUAUGGAACACUCUAUGUACCUGGAGAUGGAAAUAUAGACCCAGCUGAAUUUUGUACUGCUCUUACAAGGGGUGCCAAGCAGUUAGGAGCUCAAGUGGUUGAGAAGUGUCCAGUGACGGGCCUACUCACCGAAGAAUCUUGGAAUGGCAAAAGACGAGUCAGUGGUGUAUCAACACCAAUUGGAACCAUCAAAACCAAUUGCAUAGUUAACUGCUCAGGUGCAUGGUCACCUGAUAUAGGUGCAAUGGCCAAGGUGAAAGUGCCUCUGACUGUUAUGAAGCAUGCAUACAUAGUAACAGAGAAAAUCCCUGGUAUUGAGAAUAUGCCCAAUGUGAGGGACCAUGAUGCCUCCGUGUAUCUCCGACUUCAGGGAGAUUCUCUUCUUGUUGGAGGCUAUGAACCCAACCCCAUCUUUAUUGAUGAACUUGGGAGGGAUUUUGCCUUUGGUCUCUAUGAGCUUGACUGGGAUGUUUUCAGUGUUCAUAUUGAAGGGGCAGUGAAUCGGGUCCCAGUUCUUGAGAAAAUUGGCAUCCGCUCCACACUUGCAACAUGGAUUGUCCAGGGCCGCCCAUCUCUUGACAUGUUUGGUUAUGACAUUCGAAGGUUCACCCCACGUCUCACUGGAAACACCCAGUGGGUCAAAGAAAGGAGCCAUGAAUCUUAUGCCAAAAAUUACAGCAUUGUCUUUCCACAUGAUGAACCACUGGCUGCACGUCUGGCCACCAAGAGUCCUUUGCAUAAGGUCUUGGAAGAUCAGGGCUGUCUUUUCCAAGAGAGGCAGGGUUAUGAGAGACCUGGCUGGUUUACACCCUGUCCUGCACCUCUUAAACCUUAUGAUUUUUAUGGCUCUUAUGGCCAUAAACCACACAGCAAUUACACUUACAAUGAGAGACUGCAGGAUGACUACACAUUCCAGUUUCCAACCCAUCACAGUCAGAUAGAGAGGGAGUGUUUGAGCUGUCGAGAGAAGGCUGCGGUGUUUGACAUGUCCUACUUUGGCAAGUUUUAUUUGACUGGGAAGGAUGCAAAGAAAGCAGUGGAUUGGAUCUGUUCAGCAUCAAUGGAUAGGAAACCAGGGACCACAGUUUAUACAUGUUUCUUGAACAAGAAAGGUGGCAUAGAAGCAGAUCUCACUGUCUCCAUCCUGAAGCCAGAGAAAAAGCUUGCCAUCGAACCAGAUCUCUUGGAAGGAGGAGGGUAUUACAUAGCAGCGGGAGGAGGAUCUUCUUACUCCACGUGGAGUCACCUCCAGUCUGUGAUUCAAGAACAAAAGUAUCAAGUAGAGCUGAAGGAUCUCUCCCUUGACAUGGCUCUUAUCUCUGUUCAGGGACCCAAAAGGCAAGCUCCUUACAUUGCUCAGUGUUCAUCUGCUCAACUUCCUCUGAUUUUAGGUUGGGAGAUCCAUUGCCCCAGUGAGUCAGCUGUGAAAAUUUACCAAGCAUUAAUGGAGGUUGGAACACCAAAAGGACUAAUAAAUGCAGGAUAUAGGGCUCUUGACAGCUUGAGCAUUGAGAAAGGAUUCCGCCAUUGGCAUGCAGAUGUCCGAAUGGACACAACCCCUCAUGAGGCAGGAUUGGCCUUCACUUGCAAGUUGAAGAAGGGUACUCCAUUCCUUGGUCGUGAAAAGGUGGAAGAGCAGAAUCAGAAUGGUGUCUAUAAGAAAAUUGCAUGCUUCACACUUGAUGAACAUGUUCCACUGUUUGGAUUGGAAACCAUCUGGAGGAAUGGACUGCCUGUUGGACACAUCUACAGAGGGGAAUAUGCAAAUGCUCUGGGAAAGAGCAUAGGAUAUGGGUACAUUCAUCAUCCUGAGAAGGAAUUAGUAACAGCAGACUUCCUGGGGAAUGGUACCUAUGAACUGGAAUCUUUCUGCAAGAAGUACAAUGCUCAGAUACACUUGAAGUCCCCCUUUGACCCAGGGAACAAAAGAAUCAAGGGUAUUUAUGAUGAACCCUUGCCUGUGAGAAUGAAGACCUCCUGAGCCUGAAGUUGGCUGGGUGAGUUGUGGAAAGGAGGAGAAAGAAGUUUGGAAUUUACUUUCCCAUCCAACUCUUCAUGCCACCAGCAUCUGUUUUGUUCUCCUCUAGUUUCCCCUAUUGUUCUGAUAGAUUGCUGCAAUCAGGCUACAUAAGCCAGCAAAGUUAUACAUUAUGGUUUCCAACAUGAAUUUUGUACUUCUGCAAAAUGAUUAUGUAGGACAUUACUCUCACAGGAGAAUUGUGAACGUUGUAGUAAUGAGUAGAUAAUGGAUUUCAAAGCAAAUCCAUAUUUUUUUAUGCAUUCUCAUAGAAGCAUGCAACACAGAUAGGAGCAUGUAUUAUAAGUAGAGGAACUAAUUGAUGCAGUUUCAAAAACUUGCAAAAAUGCAUAUUAAUGUUUAUAUUCUCCUGCAGAAUAUUUUCACCCAUUAUCUGUGGGAAAAUGUGAAGUUUUCCAGGAAAACAUGUUUUCUUUAUGAGCAAAAAUUAAAAAUUUCCAACAGUCACAUGCUGACUAGAAUGGACCAACUUUGCCCAGCAAGGACCUGAUUUUAUCUCCAUGUUUCCCCUUACCCCAAUCUGUGAAAGAAAGGGAAGCUUGGCAAUAUUAAAUUAUUUCUUCUUCCAAGGAAUUCAUUUUGGUUAAUAAAAAGCAUAUUUUUUUGCAUA